GUAAAUGCAAAACCCUAACAACAUCGCAAUUAAUCCAGAGAGAUGAAGAAAGCUCUUUUCAAGCCAAAGCCCAAAACACCAGUGGAGCUCGUGCGCCACGCCCGGGAACUCAUCAUCUUUCUCGACUCCAAAACAUGCACUCGUGAAAGUAAACGCGAAGAGAAGCUAUCAGACCUAAGCAAAACGGUACUGGAGAUAAGAACUGUUCUUUAUGGAAACGGAGAAUUAGAGCCAAAUGCUGAGGCGUGUUCUCAGAUCACACGAGAGUUUUUCAAAGAUGACACAUUUCGCCUUUUCAUUCUCUAUCUGUCAAAUCUUAAUCUCGGGGCACGCCAAGAUGCGACCCACGUGAUUGCAAAUUUGCAAAGGCAGCGAAUUAAUUCGCAACUAAUUGCUUCUCAGUACCUGGAAAAAAAUCUAGAUCUUGUGGACAUGCUCAUAGACGGUUAUGAGAAAGAGGGUGACAUUGCUUUGUCGUAUGGUGCGGUUGCAAGGGAGUGCAUACGCCACCAGAGCGUAGCAAGGCAUAUUUUGGAAUCAGAGCACAUGAAGAAGUUUUUUGACUAUAUUCAGCUACCAAAUUUUGAAAUAGCAUCAGAUGCUGUUGCAACUUUUAAAGAGUUAUUGACAAGGCACAAAUCUACAGUUGCUGAAUUUCUUUCUAAAAAUUAUGACUGGUUCUUCAAAGAGUACAACUCUCAAUUGCUUGAAUCCACCAGUUAUUUUACUAGACGGUACGCUAUCAAGUUAUUGGGGGAUAUGUUAUUGGAUCGCUCGAAUGCUGCUGUAAUGGUCCAGUAUGUGAGCUCGUUCGAUAAUAUGAGGAUCCUCAUGAAUCUCUUAAGAGAUUCAAAUAAGACAAUUAAAUUGGACUCCUUCCACGUUUUCAAGCUAUUUGUUGCAAAUCAAAAUAAGCCUCCUGAGAUUGUCAGCAUCCUUGUUACAAACAAACAUAAGCUUUUGCAAUUUUUGGACAACUUUAAUAGCGACAAAGCGGACGAGCAUUUUCAAGCAGAUAAACAACAAGUAAUAAAUGAGAUAAUAACUCUUGAACAAGAGGAUCGUCCAUGCACAUCUUUGGACAAUUGUGAAGUUCCAUGUUGAAUACUUACUGUCCGGAUUUUUAAUCAUCUUUCAAUUUCUCCAAGUCACACUUUGCUACGUCAAGUCACUUGUGUUUCUUUUUUUUUUUUCACAUGCCAUUCUCAAUGGGAAGAAUCAAAUAUACUUCACUGUGAA